AUAUUCGAAAAUGAUGAAUUUGCCUCGAAUGUUUUCAAUCGUAAAGCCUCUGCAAUUGUACAGCAGGUUUUGACUGAUGGUUCGGCCCUUUUCUCUUUUCCUGUCAAUUUGUUUCCUCAUUUUGUGGAUGCUCAUGAUACUAUUGCUCAACUAGGCCAAAUUGAAGGUUUGAAGAACAUUAGCAGCUAUGCACGUAACACACCUGGAGAGUUGCUCAUAUAA